CAUCAUAUUCGAAAUCGCUCUUCGAAAACAUUUGAAGCGGUCUGCGGAGUCCGCGCUAAUUAUCGAUGGUGUCUCACUGGGACCCCGAUCCAUAACCGAUUGGAUGACUAUGGAGCAUUAUUGUCAUUUAUCAGGGUGGAUCCAUUUACUGGAUCGUCUGGAAAAACCGUAUUUUCCCAUUGGGUAAGCUCCUCUGUCUGGACCGAAACUAACAACACCGAGCGCCUUGACCGGUUAAAAAAGCUUGUUGCUGCAACUUGCCUACGCAGAACAAAACAAAAUGUGAGAAAUCAGCUAUCGCUUCCCCGUCGCACCGAUAAGGAGCAUCUGGUGGAACUGCAUAGCUCGGAGCGCCUACUGUAUGAUUUCUUCAAAACUCGAGCAUCUUCAAUAGUUGCGAGAAGUACCGUGCAUCACGCUGCUCUCGAAAGGAGAGGAUGGGGUAAUAUUCUGACUAUAAUAAACUCCUUGAGAUUGAUAUGCAACCACGGCGAAGAACUCCUAUCUUCAUCUUCAUUGGAAUUAUGGAAACGCCGAGAUACUUUCACCGAUGAUCUCAAUUGGCAUGAGAAUACCUCACAACUGAGCACCGGAGCUUCACGCAGUCAUGACCCACAUGAUUUGCCGCUACCCGUCACAAAUUCCGGACAAGUUUCUAGCAAAUGUUGCGCACCGUCUUCGAAAGUGAAAGCGCUAAUCAAUAAUCUUCGAGCUGAACAAAAUGAACUCACUCCCAAUGAUUCCGAGACACCGAUCAAAAGUGUGAUAUUCAGCUAUUGGACAAGCAUGUUAGACCUCAUCGCAGUUGCCUUGCGGGAGAAUGGCUUCGAGUUCGAGCGAAUAGAUGGACAAACACCGCUUGAAAGAAGGCUUCUGGCACUCAAAACGCUGCAUGAUGACCCAAAAUGCACCGUGAUGCUUGCAAGCAUUGGAAGCAUUGCCGAAGGGGUUGAUCUUACGGCAGCUAGCCGUGUACAUAUCAUUGAGCCUCAAUGGAAUCCAAUGGUUGAAGCACAGGCCCUCGACCGUGUGCAUCGCAUGGGACAAACUCGAGAUGUGGUGACAACUCGCUACAUCGUCAAAGAUUCUAUUGAAACAGUGAGCUAG